GUGUGAAUGAUGGAGAAAAAACCCUCCAACUCUGCUGGUAAGAAACCCAAACCCGCUAAGCUGAAAGGCUCCUCUGAUCCCGUCAAAGACUUUGAGAAAUGGAAGAAAAAAUACAACAAGACCAAAGCUAAAGUGAAGAAAAGCAGAGCGCAGAUUCACAAACCGCAAUGGCAGGUAGAGCGCGAGGACAUCGAGAGGCUCGUGAGCAGGUACUCACUCAUCAACAGCAAAGAAGCCAUCAAGUUUUCAGACUUCCCCAUCUCUAAGAAAACCCUGCAGGCGCUACAAGCGUGUCAGUACAGACAGCCCACUGAGAUCCAGAGGCAGACCCUGGCCUCCGCCCUGCAGGGGAAGGAUGUGCUGGGAGCGGCUAAGACCGGCUCAGGGAAGACUCUAGCCUUCCUGAUCCCUGUGUUGGAGUGUCUGUACCGGCAGCAGUGGAGCUCCAUGGACGGCCUCGGUGCUCUCAUCAUCUCCCCAACCAGAGAGCUCGCCUACCAGACCUUUGAAGUCCUCCGUAAGGUGGGUAAGAACCACGAGUUCUCUGCAGGACUGGUGAUCGGUGGCAAGGAUCUGAAGACAGAGGCAGAGAAGAUCCACCGCACCAACAUAGUCAUCUGCACCCCGGGCCGCCUGCUGCAGCACAUGGAUGAGACAGCCGCCUUCCACGCCUCUGACCUCCACAUGCUGGUGCUGGAUGAAGCAGAUCGCAUCCUAGACAUGGGCUUCGCCGAUACGCUCAACGCCAUCGUGGAGAACCUCCCUACCACACGACAGACGCUGCUGUUCUCCGCCACGCAGACCAAGUCUGUCAAAGACCUGGCUCGACUCAGCCUCAAAGACCCAGAGUAUGUGUGGGUUCACGAGAAGGCCAAAUUCAGCACCCCUGCCACCCUGGAGCAGAGCUACGUGGUGUGUGAGCUCCAUCAGAAGGUCAACAUGCUCUUCUCCUUCAUCAGGAGCCACCUGAAGAAGAAGGUGAUAGUCUUCUUCGCCUGCUGUAAGGAGGUGCAGUAUCUUUUCCGAAUCUUUUGCCGCCUCAGGCCCGGCAUGCCCAUCCUGGCCCUGCACGGCAAGCAGCAGCAGAUGAAGAGGGUGGAGGUCUACAACGACUUCCUCAGAAAGCAGAACGCCGUGCUGUUCGCCACAGACAUCGCAGCCAGAGGUCUGGACUUCCCCGCCGUUAACUGGGUGCUGCAGUACGACUGUCCCGAGGACGCAGACACCUACAUCCACAGGGUGGGGAGGACAGCCAGGUACAAGGAGGGGGGAGAGGCCCUGCUGCUGCUGCUGCCCUCUGAGGAGAAGGGCAUGGUCGGCCAGCUGCAGGAGAAGAAGGUGCCCAUCAAUAAGAUCGCGGUGAACCCGGAGAAGCUGCAGAGCGUUCAGCAGAAGCUGGAGGCCUUCCUGGCUCAGGAGAAGGAUCAGAAGGAGCGAGCCCAGAGAUGUUUUGUCUCCUACCUGCGCUCCGUCUACCUGAUGAAGAACAAAGACGUAUUUGAUGUCUUUAAGGUGAAACUCCACGAGUACGCCGUCUCUCUGGGUCUGGCCGUGGCCCCCAGAGUGCGCUUCUUAAACAAAGCUCAGGCACAGAGGGGUGAGAAGGUAGAGCAGCAAGAGGAGGAGCGGUCCGAGGAGGAGCAGGAGCUGAAGAGCUUUAAGUCCCAGCUGAGAGGAGAGCGUCCUCAACAGGAGAGCCAGAGCUCAGAGUCAGAAGAUUCAGAUGAUGAUGAUGAUGAGGAGGAGGAAGAGGAGGAGCAGUCCAAGACACAGCUGCUAGGUCCAAGUGACAGUGAGGAUGAUGAUGAUCUAAGAGACGUGGACCUGCUGACGGUGAAAAGAAAGGACGUCUUUAAUCUGACAGGGGGAGAGGAGAUGCCUGAGGAAGAGGAAGAGGAGGAGGAGGACAUAAAGAGAACAGAAAAAGAGACAAAGUUCACAGAGGCUAAAAAAGUCCUGAAGAGAAACUUCCAGGUCAACACCAAAGUGACCUUCAGCGAAAAAGGAGACGCCGUGCAGCUAUGGCCGCCAGUCCAGCGCUCGGCAACCGGCAAAAAGGCGGACGAGGAGGAGGAGGAGGAGGUUUCAGGUAUCAAUGUGGAGAAGGCUCGGGAGAGGCUGAAACGAGAAGACCAGGAGUUUGAUAAGCAGGAGUACCGCCGCAAGGUGAAGGCCAAACACACGGAGAAGAGGCUGAAGGAGAAGGCAGCCAGGAGGGAGGCGAGCAAGCAGCACAAGCAGAAAUCUGACGAAGAGGAGGAGGACGAGGUGGUGGCGUACCUGGCCAAUAGCAGCGAAGACGAGUUUGACCCCAGCACCCUGCCGGACCCUGACAAACAGCGGUCUGAGGAAGAGGAGGAGGAGGAGGAGGUGGAUGAAGCCAGGUUAGGUAAACGACACCACAGCAGCGAAAGCAGCGAUGAGGAAGAGGAAACGCUCCCAGCAGGGAAGAGGAAGAAAGUCAGACAGCAGGAUGAUGAGCACACAGCUCUGGACACUGGUCUCUCUCUGGCUGAGGACGAGGAGUUAGUCUUACAGCUGCUAGGAGGACGAAGGUAGAGACAUCAUGAACUCAUCAGUUUAAUAAAGUUCUGACAGCUGAGUCACAAAAUGUUCACACAGAAAUAAAGUUUGUGUAUUUAAGGGAUUCACAAGAGAUGGGUAGUAAGAAUGGGUCCACAUAUCCUAACUUUUUAGCUCCUUGCUUGAUACUACAUUUCCCAUGAUGCAAUUACUAAAAUCUUUGUUUUAUUUUAGAUUCUCUUUUAACACCUCCAUCUUUCAAACUGUACACCACC